GGUUGACGGCCUGUUUAGAAUUACUCUCCACCCCUCCACACACGUUAUAUGGUCAGAUAUCUCCUUCGUACAUCUCAAACCUAACAGCUACCUUGAUCCAUCACAAUGAAGGGAGACAUGGACAGCAUGUCUAAAAGGGAUCCUUCAAAUGGCCACAGCAGGCCUUUGGAUAUUGUCCCACAUACAGAGGAAAAGAUGGAGGAGCGGGGUCAGUGGACAAAUAAGAUGGAGUUCAUAUUGUCAGUGGCUGGAGAAAUUAUUGGAUUGGGCAAUGUCUGGCGCUUCCCAUACCUGUGCUACAAAAACGGAGGAGGUGCCUUCUUCAUCCCCUACCUGAUUUUCCUCUUCACCUGUGGAAUACCUGUGUUCUUCCUGGAGACGGCCCUUGGUCAGUACACUAGUCAGGGUGGAAUCACAUGCUGGAGGAAGAUCUGCCCACUUUUAGAAGGAGUUGGAUAUGCCACGCAGGUCAUUGUGGCCCUGCUGAAUUUCUAUUACAUCAUUGUUUUGGCCUGGGGAGUAUUUUACCUCAGGUACUCCUUCUCUUGGGAUUUGCCUUGGGCCUCCUGCAACAAUACAUGGAAUACAGACUCUUGCGUUGAGUUCCAGAGGAGGAAUGAUUCUAUUGACCAAAGCCACUUGGAGAAUGCUACUUCGCCAGUCAUCGAAUUUUGGGAGAGGAGGGUUCUGAGGAUCUCCUCUGGGAUUGACCACAUUGGUGAAGUCCACUGGGACCUGGCCCUGUGUCUUCUCAUUGCCUGGGUCAUGUGCUACUUCUGCAUUUGGAAGGGUGUGAAAUCCACUGGCAAGGUGGUGUAUUUCACGGCAACAUUCCCCUACGUCAUGCUGUUGAUCCUGCUGAUUCGGGGUGUAACCCUGCCGGGGGCCUCCAGAGGGAUUCAGUUCUAUCUCUACCCAGACCUGGGACGCCUGAGUGACCCACAGGUGUGGAUGGAUGCAGGGACGCAAAUUUUCUUCUCCUAUGCCAUCUGUUUAGGAUGCCUAACAGCGCUUGGCAGUUACAACAAGUAUAACAACAAUUGCUACAGGGACUGUCUGGCUUUAUGCUUUCUCAACAGUGGAACCAGUUUUGUCGCUGGCUUUGCCAUCUUCUCCAUACUGGGUUUCAUGUCAUAUGAGCAGAAUGUGCCCAUUUCAGAAGUGGCAGAAUCAGGUCCUGGUCUGGCCUUCAUUGCAUAUCCACGGGCCGUCUCUAUGAUGCCCUUCUCCCCUGUUUGGGCAUGUUUCUUUUUCAUCAUGAUUGUGCUGCUGGGACUGGACAGUCAGUUUGUCUGUGUUGAGAGCUUGGUGACCUCAGUGGUGGACAUGUACCCCUCUGUGUUCCGUCGUAAGAAUCGGAGGGAGCUCUUCAUCCUCGGAGUAUCUAUCGUGUCCUACCUGGUUGGCCUGAUCAUGCUCACUGAGGGUGGAAUGUAUGUAUUCCAGCUCUUUGAUUACUAUGCAGCCAGUGGGAUGUGCCUUCUGUUCGUGGCUAUUUUUGAGACAGUCUGCAUUGCAUGGAUAUAUGGUGCUGAUCGUUUCUAUGACAACAUUGAGGACAUGAUUGGUUACCGACCUGGAGCAAUCAUUAAGUACUGCUGGAUGUUCUUCACUCCUGCUACCUGCUUUGGCACCUUUGCAUUCUCCCUGAUUAAAUACACUCCUCUCAAAUACAACAAUGAGUAUGUGUACCCAUGGUGGGGUUAUGCCCUGGGCUGGCUCCUGGCACUCUCCUCUAUGGUAUGCAUCCCUCUGUGGGUGGCCUACAAACUAUACAUCACCAAAGGAACACUGAGGGAGCGCUUGUACGAUCUCACCAGACCCUCCCCAGAUUUGCCUAAGACCAAGCGGGAUCAGCAAAAGCUGCUGGCAAUCUUCCCUGCAGAUUCCGAUGGCUUCCCCCAGAGAAGUACCCCUACGAAGGAUGGCUACUUCCCAGUGAGUGAAAAGGAGUCCCACUGUUAGGAUCCAGCUAUUCCGUCUCGAUACUCCUAACCCCAAGAUCUACAGCAGCUCAAUACCUCAUCCAGUGUAUAAGGCAGCCAAAUAUGUACCAGCACAAAGAGGGCGUCCCCCCUUUCCUGUGACGUCUUCUGUGGACAGCAUGGAUAAAGGUUGCUUUGGGGCGACUUUGAUUUUGCUUGCUUUCUGGGGCCCACAUAGGGCUUCAUCUGCACACAAACGUCAACAUAAUAAUAAUCUCAUUCUGCCAAGUCUAUUUGGUGGGAGGUGUGUGUGUGUGUGUGUGUGUGUGUGUGUGUGUGUGUGUGUGUGUGUGUGUGUGUGUGUGUGUGUGUGUGUUGUGUGUGUGUGUGUGUGUGUGUGUGUGUGUGUGUGUGUGGUCAACUGGUGACAGAGAGGAACACAGAGUUUACUGACACUGAUGUAUAUAGGGAUGUUUCAGUCCAUGUGACCAUAUCUGCUUUCUAAGGAAGCAUGUAUGUCUGUUAUUGCAUACCAUUUCUCAAAAGGCAGUUUUUGUAAACACAAGUGUUCUUAUUGUAGGGUCUGAGAAAAUGUCUUUUUUUAUAUAUUUGUAAUGGUUUUCUUCUGCACAUAAAUAUACAAAAGGUUCAUCAUCAAGUCUGUACAAAUACAUGUUGGGAUAUUG